AUGAUGGAACCUCGUCGCACAUCAAGCGUCUAUUCCGACACCUUCGAGCUAGAUGAUCUGCUUCUAAGGCUCACGAAGCAGGCUGAUGAGCAGCACGAUAUGGUCAUCGACCUCUUGCGGCAGGAGAACAACGCACUCUAUCGCAAGCUCAAGGCGGAACGGCAGCUGUGGCGGGUCAUCGUCGGUCUCGUACAUGAAAUCGUUGAGUUGACCGGCCAGCUGGAGAAGCUGCUCGGGAAGGCCCGGUUGCGGAUGCAGCAGGGUAGAAUCAAGUAUUUGGCAAAUUGUACCGCCUUCUAG